UAUAGGAAAACAACUUUAGUUAGGCUGUCUCUUUUCCCCUUCCUUUUUACACUCUCUUUCUAACCCUUUUAACACAUUCUGUUUCUCUCCUUUCCUUCUCUUUACAAAGCCACCCUACAAUCUAUACAUAACACAGCAUCUUUCUCAGUCCUAACCUGCAACCAAAGAGCAACUAAAUAGAAAACAGCAAGCUUACAUUAAUUUGUAGUGUAUGUUGUAAUGCAAUCUUGCAACCCCAUAUCCAACCUUAAAUAGCAACCCCAGGACAUAUGAUUACCUACAAAACGUCCAGCAUUAAGGAUCAAGACUGGCCCUGCCUUCUUCUCAUGGUCUGGCUGCAGCAAGAGGAUUACAGAUAAAUGCAUAUUGGAAGAAACUGGUCAUUUUUGCUUGUUUUUUAACUGAAACUCUGAAAACCACACCAAAAAAACUAGAUCUCCCAAAUCUCUCAUUUUUCACGUCAAACGUGGACAACGUCAUGCAAAGAAGAGUCUGGACUGGUAAAAAGGUAUACAGUCCCUCCACCUUGAAUGUUUUUUUUUGACAAGACCUCUAUAUAAGAUUUAAAGUGUUUAUUUUUUUUGCACAGCUGGACUUUUUUCUUUUUAGCACAUAACCUAUUACAAGCAUAAAGUGAACACAUGCACAGCUUUCAAAGGCUGUUUUUUUUCUACAAAAGGUUACAAAUUAACAGCAAAUGCAUGAGGUUUAUUUUAUUUACUUAUUAUUAAGGGCAAAGGACGCUGAAUUGCAAAAUGUUUUAGUGCAGAAAGAUAAGAAUGCUGAAAGCUGUUUUUCUUCUCUAUACUGCUGCAAAAAUCUAGACUAGUCUGCAAAAUAUGCUUGUACGACUUCUUACAAAAACCUUAGUGUUAAAGCUUGCUUUUUUUUUUUUUUUUUUGCUUGAGGGAGAAAAGUUGUACUAGGGCUGUAUUUGUUUUUUUUUGCAAGAAUGGCAAUUAAAUAAAAAUGCAAUUAAAAGCAGUGCCAUUAACUCACUGUACUGUGCAAUGUAGUAUAAUGUAGCUAUAUUCGAAAAGCCUAUUCAUUUCCUUUUCACAGCUGUUAGCAAAACUAAAGGUAUGAAAAUAGUCUGCAAAAGUUGCACGUGUGCUUUUUUUCAUAUAUAUGAAGUAAAUAGCCUUAUCUGUGGCGUUUUUAACACAUUGCCAAGCCUGAAUGUCAGAAUGCAGUUACUGUAUUGAAAUUUUUUUUUAAGCUGCUGCCUAUAUAAUUACUUUUUUUUCAUUUUUCUUCAAUGUUAUUGACUAUGCAUUCUUACAACUGAAAUAUAAUUUAGCUUUAUUUUUUUACUUAAUCUGCCACUGUGAAUCAACUGGCCUUGUUUUAGGGUUCCAAAUUAUUUUGUGGUGCAAACACUCAGGUUGAAUAUAUAUGUUUGGUGCUUUUUAUUUUUGAUUGUAGCAAAACCCCAUAAACCACACAGGCCAUAAAUGUUUAUUUGUGACUGGAGAUUUUCCUUACAUUUUGCACAUAUUAAUAUAAAUAUUUUAUAAGCUGAAUUUUAUUUUAAUUUUGCAAGCUUUCCUGCCUUACUUGCCUAUAAUUGUUAAUUUUCUGCAGUCUAUUGCAGAACCAUUUUCAGAAUCCAAAAUAGAAAUUUACUGGUUUAAAAAACCCAGAUUCUCAUUUUUUUUGUAAUCAAUGGGAUAACUACGUUGCAAAUUUAAAGAAAAUACUAAUACUAGAAAAACUAUCCUAAAUUAGAGUUACUAACUUUCCCAGAUAUAUAUUAAAAUUAUUUUUGAUUUAUUUCCUUUAUGAUUUAGGUAAUUAAAUAAAUGACCCAGUUUCGAUAAGCUGCAAAUAUUUUGAAUUUACUUGUUUACAUUUAUAUAUUUGUGCCUUUCAUUAGAUCUAGUCUUACGGAAAAAAAUUAUAUUUAUGGAAAUUGGCUGCUAAUAAUUUUCAAGAAAUAGUAAGAUUUGGUACAAAGACCUUUUUAAGGUAUAUAUAUUUCUUUAGUUCUGUAAUUAAAACUACAUUACAAUUGUUACCAAAGGUGAUCAAUUAGUGGACUUUUUCAGAAUUUAUACUUUUGAGAAAACAAAAUCAAAAUGAUGUAAUUGAAGUUGUUCUGCAACCUGGUACUACACACACAAUUGCUUUUACCCUCUUGAUAAACUGUGCAUUAAUUUUUGAAUAGAAGAUACAUUUUUGUGAUCUAUGACUUAAGUGACAAACGGGGUGAACUUACAACUGUUUUUUUUAUUCACUGGAAAAAGGUGCAUCAAUCCUCAAGGGAGGAACAUUUUUUGUGACACUGAAUUUAUUUAGGCACUUUAAAUCAUAAUUUUUCUUGAUGGGAGAUCCUGAUUAAUAAUGAUAUUACUAUAUCAGAAGUAAUCUCUUUGAACAGUGGACAAUAUAGAGUAAAAUGCAUUUGGGAGGUGAGAAAACUCAUUAAUCCCUUAUCCUGUUAUGGGAUUUUGUUCUGAAAAGUGCUAUUUUUAAAGAAAAUAUAUCAAGAUACAACUGCAUAUUUUUAGUAUACAAGAUAAAAAUAGAACUAUAUAUUCCAACUGAAGUCUUGGAGUUAUUUUGUUUUCAGAAAAGAAAAAAAAAUUGCAUUUUUUUGGGAUUCCAGGACGUGAUUAUUUUUAUGUUCAUGGGGAAAAAAUACAUUAAUCUACUGGUUUGUAGGUUAGGAAAGAACUGAUCCAGAUAUCCUCACAAUUUGCAAGUGAUGGAGGAUGUAAAAAAAUGUGGGUAUCUGCGCAAGCAGAAAUCCAUGAGGAGGAGGUUUUUUGUUCUUCGUAAUUCUGGGCCCCGAGGUCCAGCAAGAAUUGAAUACUAUGAGAAUGAGAAGAAAUUCCGAACUGCUGAGCGCAUUGGUGGUUCACGCGGGAUGCUUAACCUGGAAGAAGUUUUCGGUGUGAACAAAAGGGCGGAUGCCAAAAGGAGAUUUCUAUUGGUGCUGUAUACACGCGAUGGAGGACUUGCCGUUUCAGCUGAGGGAGAGGAUGAGCAGGAGGAGUGGUACCAGGCAAUACUGGAGCUGCAGGUUCAAGCACGCUCGCUCUCCUUACCGGAUGCUUCUAAUUUGCCAGGGCCAGCCUUUAAAGAGGUCUGGCAGGUAAGUCUGCGUCCUCGGGGCCUUGGACAGACCCGUAAUCUAUCUGGAAUAUACCGGCUAUGCCUAGCUGAACGUACUUUGAGCCUUCUUCGCCUGCGAUCAGACUCCCCUUCAGUUACGCUCCAGCUUAUGAAUGUUCGACGAUGUGGACACUCUGACAAUUACUUCUUUGUGGAGGUGGGACGUUCGGCCGUCACUGGGCCUGGCGAACUUUGGAUGCAGGUAGAGGACUCUGUGGUUGCACAAAACAUGCAUGAAACUAUCUUGGAAGCCAUGAAAUCCCUUAGUGAAGAAUUUCGUCCACGGACCAAAAGCCAGUCCCUUUCCUCCACCCCAAUUACAGUCCCAUCUCGACGUCACCAUCCUAACCUUCCUCCUCCUAGUCAGGUUGGUUUCUCACGUCGUUCAAGAGGUGAGGUUGCAACUGACAGUUCUCCAGCUCCCAAAUCCAGCUUGCUUCACAGUGAGCAGGGCCCCCUCACACCUGAGGUAGAUGAGGAAGAAAAGCGUCCUCAAGCUGAAUCAAACCAUCCCCUGGCAGACUAUGGUUCAGCUUCAUCUGAUGAAUAUGGCUCCAGUACCAGCCUCUUUGAGCCCCCUGCCUCGCCACCUCCCUCACCUGGGGCUGGUGAAACAAAUUACAUCUCUAUGAUACAACGUGGAAAAGGAUUUCAAGUAAUGGAUCACACUACAGCUAUCAUUGGAUCCACAGAAGAAGUAAGAAGACUGCCACAAUUUCUGAAUGAAGAGAACUAUGCUAUGAUGGGUCGCUGUGAACCAAGGCAGGAAACUGGUUACAUGCCCAUGCUUCCUGGCAGUAGGUCACAAGAUUACAUGCCAAUGACACCUAACAGUAUUUCACCACCGGUCCCAUCAGAAAUUGCAGGUUAUGUUAUGAUGUCACCAUUAGGUAGUUGCUCUCCAGAACCAGAAAGGGUAAGUUGGCCUCCAUCUGGAGAGAUUUCAGCAGGCAGUGCUGACAGUCAGACCUCUGACUAUAUGAACAUGUGGCCACUUAGCCGUUCAGCCUCCAGUACACCACCACUGGAUGCUUGCUUGUUUUCUGGUGGUGCACCCUCUCAAGUUCCUGUCUCGUACCGCUCACUGCCUCGAUCAUAUAAAUUGGACCCAGUGCCAACAACCCGAACAUCUUGUUCAUCGUCUUCUGACAGCUUGGAGGAAGGAAGGGUUGGAAGGAACCGGAGGCCUUUGAGUGUUUCAGUGGACAAUUGGAGGGCAAGUACUUGCCCUAGAAACUACCGAAGGCCACCCAGUCCUGGAGAGUAUGUCAGUAUCCGUUUUAGAGCUCCGCCGCAGAAGACCAAGGAGAAGGAAGACAUUCCCCCUCAAGAAUAUAUUGCCAUGGAGAUACAGUCUCCCUCUAUUCCCAAUGGAGAAUAUACUGAGAUGUUUAUUGGACCUGCUACAUGUGUGGAACCUCAAAUUAAACUGACCUCAGUGCCUAUCCCAGAAAAGACUUUAGGGAUUACACCGAAGACAGAAAGUGCUUUGAGGCCUACAGCUGAGACGUUUUGGACCGUAGUUUCUCCAGAAGUAAUGUUGGGUUCUAAUGUCAAGUUGCCUUCAGGGUCCUCCACAGAGAAGGCUUUAGGGCCUCUAGAAAAGGCAUUAGGAACAAAUGCUGUGGUGGAAGAUACAGACAUGAGGUCCAUAGUUUCUGCAGUAACUGGAUGUAGCUUGCAUGUGGGACAGGAUCGUACUAAGCUAAUGAAGGUUGACCCUUCUAUCCGCAUGAGACAUUGCUCUGAUACCUUCCGCCAAACUCCAGCUUCCUCCUGUAACGGAAAUCGCACACCUGCUGUGGAACCUGGACUAAAUUACAUAGAUCUGGAUCUGGCAAAGGAUGGAGUUCACACUAAUGCAGUAUCUGCAAUGCCAACAUUGGUUCAACCAGCGAAGCCUAGCCAACUGGGAAACACAUCCUGCAUCAACACAUAUGCCAGCAUUGACUUUCAAAUGUCGGGGGAGCUAAGAAGGGGCAGCAGAGAUGGUACAGAGCAGUCACAGAGUGACCACAUCUGCAGCAGCACCAUCGCUAUAAGUGCACAGAUAAAAGAGAAAAGUUUUGGGGCAGAGUGCUGAAAUCAGCGUCUCGGACCUACGGACCACCUGCCAUCUGUUUGAUGUCUGUGGUGAGGAGACAUGGUGGAUACUAUGUGCACAGCAUUGGGUGUCCUUCCUUUUUGCACUUGUCUAAAUGUUGCAUCUUCACAAAUUCAACAACCUAAUUGAUUAUUUUUUUUAAGUGCCUUUCCCCCCACCCCACAAAAAAAUGACUUUACAUAUUUUGAGGUACAACAAAGACCCUUUGAUAGUUUAAAUACCGGUACACAAGCAAAAGAGAAAACAUGGAAUUUUAAUAAAAUACCAGAGAUUGAGGGGAACAGAAUGAAGCUACCGUUUAUGGAUGGGCACUGCAGAGAGACUUUAGUCAAAAAUCUGAGCCUUUUAAAUCUAGAUUAUCCAGUAAAGUUUAUGAAAGGGGUUGCUUUCCUUUUUUUACAAAAGUAAUGUCAUAAAAAAAUAUUUUUGCAUGACAAAUGAUUGUUUUGCAUAUAAAAGAUGUACAUUAAAAUGACACAGACUGCAGCUAGAGACUAUUGUCCCACUCUCACACAGUAUGAAUAAAAAUGCACACGUUUAAUAGUGACAAGGUGGCUUGUCCUUAAUAAGAUGGUAUUAAAAGCUUUAGGUCUGGUUUGACUUUACGUGUCACAUUCAAUAGUUUACAUGCCCUUCGUCAUCAUAGUCUGUAUUGUGGGGGGGGGCAGAGCAUUGCAUUUAUCUGUGUAUUGGUUUCAAGUUGUGGUCACAAUGCUUUUAUGUAAAGCAUUUAGCUACAUAAUUGGACUACAUACAGUGUGUGCUGUGUAACCACAGUUAUUGUCUUAAUCCCUUCUCAAUUGUGAUUCUUAUUCUUGCCUACAAACUUUACCCUUAGGGUGUACUAAAUCUACUCCACAGACAAGCCCAUUUUUAUGUUGUUUUAUUUUACAAUUUCUCAGCUUGAACACAAACAAAAUAAUCAGGUUUAGUUACUUUGCAAUGUGCAGACAGAGAGCUUGAAGUCCAACCCUCCUGACAUCAAUUUUGCACACACUUAACAUUUAAAGGGACUGUAAUUACAAGACAUUCAUGUUGCCUUGGUAUAAAAUAACCUAUCUGGUAAAUUUAGAUUAGAAAAUAAAUGUAGCAGGGUUAGCCUUGGCAAGUCAGCACAUUCUGAGAUUUAGAAAAAAACAACACAAUUUUCAGAGAUAAGUUACAAGAAAUGGAGCAAAUGAAUAACUAAAGUAUAUUGCAAAAUGGUUUCAUUGCACAUAACUAACAUUUGAUAUAAACAUAGUUUAAGGUAUUUAAGGUCCCUUUAAUUUGGUUACAGUAAAGGAUAGUGUGUGUGUAUAUUAUAUAAAUCACCCAAGCUAAUAAAUAAGACUUUUAUUACUGCAAGGUGACAAGUGGCUAAAUUGCUGAUAAGCAAGCCCUUAUACCCUGGCUGUACAUGUCCCUAUCCCAUGGAACGAUUUAACCCUUUCUAUGGUGGGUCCAACAAAAGUGUUCACCUCAUGUGAGGUAAUUUGAAGACUCAGGGGAGACAAAUAUUUGUUUUCAUUAGUACGACUGGAUGGCUAUUGUAAUUAUAUAUAUAUAUAUAUAUAUAUAUAUAUAUAUAUAUAUAUAUAUAUAUAUAUAUAUAUAUAUAUAUAUCAAGGUACAAGAGACACAAUAUAAACUAAUGACAACAGGUACAACAUAAAUGCAAACUGGUGAUUAUCAGAUUUGAAUGAAAUGGUACAACAUUUGUUUUAAACUAUACAAAAACUGCCAUCUUCAUAAACGGUACAAAAUGGUAGCUAAUCUUUUCCCAGUAUUGCUUUUUGGUUUCAUGAAAGCCAACACCAUGGUUUUACAAUUUCUGUAACUGUAUAAAGCCCUGUUUUCAUCAUUAAUGCUUGGCAAAGUUGAUGUGGUAUUUUGUCGUUUUGUGUUUUAGCAUCAACAGCUAAGAAUAUAAAUGUAUAGGGAUAUUGUGCGUUAGUUCAGUUUAAAGAACUUGGAAAGAAAAGGAUAUAUAUUUAAAAAAACAACAACACUGUAUAUAGAUCGUUUUUUGGAAUGAGAUAAUAUAUAGGAAUGAUAAAAUAUAUAUAUAAAAAGGUAUGCAAUGUCUGCUAUGCUGCCAAUACGUAAGUUAAUUGUGUCAGUGACAACUUCCAAACGUUUUAUGAAAUUGUCUAAGGGAUGGAUUCUUAGAAGUUAUUAAGGUCAUUAUUGUGACUUGAGCACCUUUAUCAAUUAAUUAUGGAUGAAUGAACAUUCCAAGAACUAGAUGUCAAGGUUCUGUGUUUUCUUCAUAUCCCAUAAGUAUGGUCUGUAAUUGGUUGAUGUUGCCGCGGGGCCUUGAAAGAUCUCCAUGGAAACAUAGAUUUUUGUGGAGGCCUCACAAAUGGCCACUUCAGAGUAUAAACAGUAAAAAGCAUCCUGAAUGAACAGGAUUAUCACAUUGUAUAAGCUAUUAAACUUAAUAAAAAGCAUUUGAACGCCUUAAA